AUGGGCAAGCGUGACGACCUCAUCCUGAUCAAGGCCGGCGGGUUCCGCUUUAUCGGCAUCCUUGAGACCGCGGACGCCCCAGCGACGGUGGCCUUGUUCCGCUCAAUGCUCCCGUACACCCAGAAGCUCAUCCACGUGCGAUGGAGUGGGGAGGGCAUGUGGAUUCCUCUUGGCGAGACUGGUUGGGCCAGCUCGCUCCCCAACGAGAACCACACAGCACACCCGGCGCCAGGCCAGCUGCUCCUCUACCCCGGCGGCAUCUCCGAGACCGAGUUCCUCUUCGCGUACGGCGGCGUCUCGUUCGCAUCCAAGAUGGGGCCCCUGACAGCCAACCACUUCCUCACUGUUGUCGCAGGACAGGAGCAGCUCCGUGCACUUGGCGAGAAGACCCUGUGGGAAGGCGCACAGGAAGUGGCGUUUGACUAUGCGACAGACGAAGACAUCAAGAGCAUUAAGGCAGUGUCACGGCUGUGA